UUAACUAAAAAGUUUUAAAAGGAGUUUUCUAAAUAAUAAUCCAGAGUAUUUUCUCUAAUUCUUUCAGAAACGACGUCGUUUAUAAGCAUUCAGGUGAGAGGCCUUGUGAUCGGUACAUUGAAGCUCUUGAGCGUCAAGAUUCACUGAACCAGGUUGGGGGCCACUGGCCACGGCAUCCGCAGAAACGGCGACGUAUUAGCCGUCUUUCGUCUUCGUCAAACCAAGCAAGACUAGGGUUUCAAAUCUGAUGCAGAGAGCUAGGGUUUUUCCAUCAAUCGCAUUCCUCCACCUAAACCCUCCAUCUACGGAUUUCGGCCAAUCCGAUGCCGCCACAAUGUCAGCCCCAUGCUGCCGCACUCUCUCUCACUACCCCUCUCUCAUCUCUCCUCCAAUUUCAAGAAUCAGGAUUUCGAAUCUUCCAAGAACUUCACUUUCUCUGAAUCAAAGAUUUCGUAUUGUCGAUACUCUCUCCAGGUAUUCAAAGAAUAAAUGGAGAGGUUCAUGCCAUAGGCAGGAAGAAUCUUCUGCAGAAAUUCCAGAGUUUGAGACUGUAGAAGAUAAGCUGCCAGAAGAAUUGGCAAAGCCUGAAGUUGAACAGUCUGAUAAAUUGAAAAAAGAUUGCGUUUCAAAGGUUCGAAAGGCAUUAAAGGCUGCUGAUGCAUUUUUUGGAAUGAAACCUUGGACAGUGCCUUGGACAGCAAUGACCAUUUUGCAGGUUAUGCUCCUCUGGAUUGCUUCAUUCUGGUUGGUGGGAUCUUGGAUAAUUCCAUUUCUGGCUCAUAAAGCAGGUUUCAGAAAGGAGACCAUGACACACAGAGGGCAAGCCUUGUAUGGCCUCUUGGGUGAAGUGACCGAAGGUCUUUCUGGGAUUGCAAUUCUUCAUAUCUGCCUUGCAAGGUUCCAUCCCCUUCCAUCUGAUUGGUUCAGGUUAAGCCUUGAAGGGAAGUGGCACUUUGAUGUUGGCUUGGGUUGCCUCAUGUUUCCCCUGGUCAACCGUCUCUCGCAGAUCAAUGAAAAUUUAUUGCCUGUUGCUCCCUCCACUCCGGUCACUGGGUCAAGCGUUCAGCAAUCAAUUGUUGCACGAGACCCAUUGGCAAUGGCCCUUUAUGCAGUGUUUCUUUCAGUUUGUGCCCCUAUCUGGGAGGAGAUUUUCUUCCGUGGAUUCCUUCUCCCUUCCUUGACCAGGUACAUGCCUGUAUGGUGCUCCAUUCUUGUGAGUUCAGUAGCUUUUGCCUCAGCACAUCUCAACUUGCAGACAAUGCUACCAUUUAUAUUCCUUGGGAUGUUGAUUGGUGCCGUCUUUGCACGAUCAAGGAACCUGUUGGCAUCAAUGCUCUUGCAUAGUCUCUGGAAUGCCUUUGUAUUCGUAGAUCUCAUGAAAUAGUAUUCUUGUUUUGUACUCUAUAAUUGCUCAGUCAGGUUUUAGCCACCA